AUGACUCCUGAGUGCUGCUCCGACGAUGUCGACUCGAACGCCGACUCAGACCCCGCCGUCGACGACUCCGAAGCCAGCUCCUCCGAUGGCGGCGAAGAAGCCAUGGAUCGACUGCGCCAAGUCGUCAACCUCCUCGAAAAUUGUGCACCCAACCAUCUACAGCUGGAGUAUGACACAAUGCAAGCCAAACGUUAAGCGAUCAUGUCGUCGAACCGCCUCUGGUCGGCGGAAGAGAAAGCCGACUACGGCAGUGGCCGCUGAUUCUUGGCAACCGAAAGAAAGCAGACGAAUGUAAGCUCAAGGACACCAGACCAAUUCUCAAGCUUCCUUUGUACAUAGACACCGAAGUAUGUCGGUGGUGGUUCCAGGCAUAAGCAGUCAUUGGUGGCUAGUCGAAGUUGCCGAGUGGAAAGCAGAAUUGACACCAUUUUUCCUCAACAAUCCCCCUCCUAUCCUUCAUUGAACCAACCGGAACAGGAGCAUGAAUGGACAGCGUGCAAAUAGGAACGUUGUGUCGCCGUAGUAGAAAUUCGUCACGGUGCUCCAUCGAUCUCUUUCUUUCAGCAUCCGGCGAAUCACAUGGCAUUGAUCGAAUAGCACCCGCGGAUCGGCGAAAAAAUUUGCAAUCCACUUGGAAUAAAUCACGCAAAGAAGUGCUUCGCAUAUUGCACCAGUGCUCGGGCGCUUGCAUGCGCUACACUUGAGACGAUGGGAAAAUAUACUAAAAUGUGCGGCCGAAGGACAAAGAUAUCGAGCGCGAAUGCUCUUCACACUUGAAGGUGAGUUGGCCAAAACCUCAGACUCAGAGAUUCUUCGUUUGCUGUCUUUGGGUUCGUGGCUUUUGCGCAUGCGCUGACAACCAUUUCGUUCCCGCACUCUGCUUUGUAAGAUUAUGAUUCCAGCCAGCAAUGUCUCGGUCGCCUUGAUCUACAGACUUGGCGACCAUGAGGGCCGGGUGACUCUAGAAUCGGUCAGGAAACCGGCCACGGUUAUGCGGACUAUCGCUCGUCAGAUAGUGCUUCGUUGUGGGUGCUUCGUUGUGGCAGCACCCGUAGCACUGCGUUGCAAGGUGAAUCACAAUCAUCAUGAUGUGUCCAAGAGAAAGCUGUACUUGUCUGCUGAUCGCAUCGCUGAGUCGGGUUCGUUCACAAUUUACGCGAGAAGGUGUUGUCCGACUAUUGCAAGAAGUGGGAGAAGAUCCACCGGGUCACUCGCCAUCCUAACCGGGCGAUUUAGGCCAGCAAAUCAAAAGACACGCGUACGUGUUGGACGUUGUUAUACAUACUCGCUUGCGGUGUGACAUGGAGUCGGAAGCAAACUCUGACCCCCCCCCCCCUCCCCUCGGUUUGACGGAGGGGACUGGAGCUCCUCCUCCAGCUCCUCCUCCGCUUUGCGGUCAGUCAUUCUACUGUUGAUCUCAAUGAACUGAUCUUAAAGUUGCUUUAUAUUGAGGCUGACACUCAUGUGUAUGCAGAAUCUGUCCCACUCGCGCUCAGGGAGAGUUUGCUGGAGCUCGAAGUAAAACCCCUGGGAUCGCCCAAGGUUGAAAUUUUGGCGCCUACCCCCGUCCUAAUUGAUCCUUCCAUCAGCACGAUGGACACCUCUCAUUCCAAUUUCGAUCCUCAACGUACCAUUCCGUUGGUUUCGCGAAACCCACGAAGCUCCUCAGCACCGUCAAGCACAACAAUUGGUCUGAUGCCAGCUACGCCACCAAUGAGACGCCAAAGGGUCGUAAAAGGUCGACCCUACUCCCUCCCUGCCGGUGUCCGAGCCACUCGAGGUCGUUGGUUCCUUGUCAAGGUAUCAAAGACGUACACUAGCCGCCCGGUCAACUAUCCUUAUAUCCGCAAGCGCCCAAGUCCUUGCCAAUCGAAGCGCAAGAGGGAAGAACCCUCUUUCCAAGCUGCGCGGUUUUGCUCAAGCCUUGCACUCAAUGUCGGGCUCGCAAGACAAAUUUAAUGUUGAAGUCACUUGCUCAAGGUAUAGGCUCUUCCCAAAUUGCAGCGGAUCCAUGUCACCAGAACACUCACACUCACAUUGGUCAUGGUUUAGUGACUCCUUGAGCAGCUGCAAGAAGAGGAGUGAGAUCGUCGAUCCUAAGCCGUGUCAUGAUGAGUAG